AUGACCCAACAACUAUUAGUUUUUACGUACCUGGUAAUACCUAAUAAUUGGAUGCUCUUUAUAAUAGCAAUACGUCGUAUACCAACCGUAAAGGAGGCGGCAAGGUUUCAGCAAGGGUAUGGGCGGGCGGAGAAAUGUGGCCAUCCGCAUUAUCUGUUCGGUAGGUCUCAAGAUGACGCUGGUGCUCGCAUGAAGGUUGCUGGUAAUUGCAGGCUGGGCUAA